AUGUGGGGAGCCAUUAUGCGGCUCCUGCGCAGCGGGCCCGAUCCACGUAUCGAGGCCAAGCUCGAAGCCGAACGCAUCCUCCAACAGGCCGGGGAACAGGCCGAUCGGGAGGCGCGUAAACGGCAAGAAGAGGCGCGGGAGCAAGCACAAGCCGAACGAGACCAGAUCCUCGCCGACGUGCGCGGGGCGCGAGACGACCUGCAGCGAGCCGUUGACCGGCUCGACCGGCGCGAAGCGACGUUGGAUGACCGCAUCCGCUCGCUUGACGACCGCGAUUCCAAGUUGAAUCGCGAUGGUCAACGACUGCAGCAGCGCGGCGCAGCGCUGGACCAACGCGAGGCCGAGCACGAUCAGCGGUUGGAAGAGGUUUCCAACCUGACUCGGGACGAAGCACGGACGGUCCUCUUCGCCCGCGUCGAGCUGGAGAUAUCCGACGAAGCCGGUCGGCUGGUCCGCGAGGCGGAGCAGAAGGCCAAGGGAGAGGCGGAGACCCGCGCUCGGAAGAUUAUCGCCACGGCGAUUCAGCGCGUUGCCUCAGAGGUGACGACCGAGUCCACGGUCUCAGUCGUUCAAAUUCCCUCCGACGAGAUGAAAGGCCGAAUCAUCGGCCGCGAGGGCCGCAACAUCCGCGCGCUCGAAGCGGCUCUGGGCUGCGACCUGAUCAUCGACGACACGCCGGAUGUCGUCACGGUCUCCGGCUUCGACCCGGUCCGCCGCGAGGUUGGCCGGCUGUCGCUUAGCCGUCUGGUCGCCGACGGCCGCAUCCAUCCCACCCGCAUCGAGGAAACCGUCGCCAAGGCGCAACGGGACGUUGACCGCAUCAUCCGCGAAUCUGGCGAUGAGGCGGCGAUCGAGGCACACUGCAGCGGGUUGCCGCGGGAGAUGCUCGAUAUCUUCGGCCGGCUUCGCUUCCGCACGAGCUACGGACAGAACCAGCUCCGACACGCCGUCGAGACCGCGCACAUCGGAGCGAUGAUCGCCCAGGAAAUCCACGCCGACGUCGAGGUAACCCGGCGCGGUUCCCUGCUUCAUGACGUGGGCAAGGCGAUCGACCACGAUGUCGAGGGCACGCACGCCAUCAUCGGUGGCGACCUGGCCCGCCGAUUCAAGCUGUCCGAGGACAUCGCGCACUGCAUCGAGGCGCACCACGACGAGGUCGAGAUUCGUUCAGUCGAAGCGAUCAUCGUGCAGAUGGCCGACGCCAUCUCCGGCGGACGUCCGGGCGCGCGUCGCGAGUCGGCAGAACGCUACAUUGAGCGACUGCGCGCGCUGGAAGACAUCGCGACUUCCUUCGAUGGCGUCGGACAGGCCUACGCCAUCCAGGCUGGUCGCGAAGUGCGGGUCGUCGUUGACCCGCGCGAGAUCGACGACCUCGGUGCGAUGCGCCUGGCGCGGGACAUCUCAAGCAGAUCGAGGAAUCGCUGCAAUACCCGGGCCAGAUCCGCGUCACCGUCCUGCGCGAGACCCGCGCCGCCGAGUACGCGCGCUAGAUCGCCCGGCGCGAGGCGGCCACAUGGCGCGGCUCGACCUGCACACGCAUAG